CAUGUGGUAAGAAUUUAAGGGCAAAUGGUACAAGAGCGAGAGGUCCCGGGUUCGAGUUCCGCUUCUAACAUUUUUUCUUUUUUACUUUGUUUCUAACUAUAGUUUUAAUAUUACUUUCAUUCAUAUUUAAAAUCACAAAAAAUCAUUUUUUAUCAUUUUUAUUUUAAUUUUCGCACAAAUUAAAUGGGCAUUUUUAAAAAUGGUCAAUUUUCACUUUUAGGCAUUUUUUAGUUAAAAAAAUCACCAAAAAUUAUGAAAUAUUCAAAAAAUUCAAAAAGGAAACUUUUAAUUUUAUUUGUUCUAUUUUUGACACUUUUUACAACUUGGGGAGCAAGUAAUUAUUUUCUGAUUAAUUAUUUGGAUCCCAAUUAAUUUUUUACUUAUUUUAUUUAACCUAAUUGUGUCUUAUAUAUAGACCAACAAUUGACUUUCUCUUUUUCAGGUACGACAACUAACCCUUAUUUCUCCACCACCAUCCUAUUUUUCAGAAAAUGGUAGAUGUCGAAGAAGGCCAGAACAAGCGGAAAGAAACAAGAUUCAUAAGGAAUCGGAGAAAAAUCCAGCAGCAAAAUCAUAGAGAAAAAGACUGAGAGAAAAUUCACAUAAAAUUUUUCUUUACACUAUCAAAUUACAAUUUGUCCUUUCAAUCUUCAAUACAACAAUAACCAUGUUUAUUCUUUUGUUUUCAACAGACAGGAAGUGAAGUUAGAGUCUGAUAUAGUUUUGGUGUUCCACUCGCUGAAAGUCUAAAAAGAAAAAGCAAAGGGAAAUUAGCUUUCGAUCAAGACCACCGCACACCCCCACCGCGAACGACGAACCGCCGCGGGAUCUCUCCAAUCACAGCGCUUCAGCUUCAACAAAACAACUCAGAGGCGUACACCGACCACUUCCGAUUUGAAUCCAACGCCUCACGGAUCUCCGACGUUACAAUAUCAACAUCAUCGCCGUCUCCUAUCUUCCGCCGCCGGCAUAGAGCACUUAAACAACAACUCGGAGCCGCCUACAAGUCUGACGGUGCAUUCACCCCUCCGAUCGAAGCCCCACCGCGAGUCCGCCGCUUCGCUGCGCGCAACCACCGCAUCGAACGUCAAAAACACCAACUCCGAUCGGAACACCUCUACAACCGCCACCAAAUCCAAUCGCCGGCACUAGAAAGGUUAGAUUCUCUUUGUUGUACUCUUCAUGGUAGAAUUGAUGAUUGUUAUUUCAAGAUAAACUUGGUUUGUUGUUUGAUUUUGAGAACAAUGCAGAGAAAGAUUGAGAUGAGGAAAGGAUGAUUUUGCAUUCUUAUUACGUCCUCAUCUUUGACAUAUGCACUAUUAAUUAUUAUUUUUAUUUUAUUUUUAAAACCAAGGCUGCCACGUGUCAUGCUUAUAUUGGUGUAAGUUAAAAUUGACAAUUCAAUACAAAGUUUGGUUUGUUACAGACUGAAAAUGCAACUGCUACGUUACGUAUACGUAACUUUCUAUCUUUACUGUUAUUUUUUUAUUUUAUACUAACUUUAAUGUCAUUAUUUUAUUUUUUAAGUAAUGUUUUGUUUAUUUGAUUUAUUAUUUGAUUUAUAUGCUUAAUUUAGUUUAUAGAAUCAUUAUUUAAAAAUAAAAAUCUAAAAAAGAUGUAUUUUAUUUAAUUAGUUUAAUAAUAUAAAAACACAAAAGUAUUUUAUUAGUUUAGAUUAGAUUUAUUAAAUUUUGUUCCUCAUAUAAAAAUACAAAAAAUAUUUAAUUUUAUUUUAGAAUUUAAUUGUCACAUAUACUCUUUCUACCAUUGUCUUGUUUUUGCGAGGUACUACCAUCGUGAGCAUCAAACUGUUUUGUACAUUCAUAGCUUGCGCACGCAUGCAUGGAUUAAUCAAGAUUCUCCGACUGCCAACCAUAUCAGAUCAAAUUCAAAGCUAAGUGUCUAGCUAUUUAUUUUAUUUUAUUUUAUCCGUUUAUUUUGAUUAGGGUUAGUCAUGUUUGCAUUUGAACCGAUAAUGCACUCACCCUACUAUUGUUUCUUAUUUUUCCCGCCUUUCAGGGUUUGCCAAAUGCCAAAGCUUCGUAUAGUCGGUACGACAACUAACCCUUAUUUCUCCACCACCAUCCUAUUUUUCAGAAAAUGGUAGAUGUCGAAGAAGGCCAGAACAAGCGGAAAGAAACAAGAUUCAUAAGGAAUCGGAGAAAAAUCCAGCAGCAAAAUCAUAGAGAAAAAGACUGAGAGAAAAUUCACAUAAAAUUUUUCUUUACACUAUCAAAUUACAAUUUGUCCUUUCAAUCUUCAAUACAACAAUAACCAUGUUUAUUCUUUUGUUUUCAACAGACAGGAAGUGAAGUUAGAGUCUGAUAUAGUUUUGGUGUUCCACUCGCUGAAAGUCUAAAAAGAAAAAGCAAAGGGAAAUUAGCUUUCGAUCAAGACCACCGCACACCCCCACCGCGAACGACGAACCGCCGCGGGAUCUCUCCAAUCACAGCGCUUCAGCUUCAACAAAACAACUCAGAGGCGUACACCGACCACUUCCGAUUUGAAUCCAACGCCUCACGGAUCUCCGACGUUACAAUAUCAACAUCAUCGCCGUCUCCUAUCUUCCGCCGCCGGCAUAGAGCACUUAAACAACAACUCGGAGCCGCCUACAAGUCUGACGGUGCAUUCACCCCUCCGAUCGAAGCCCCACCGCGAGUCCGCCGCUUCGCUGCGCGCAACCACCGCAUCGAACGUCAAAAACACCAACUCCGAUCGGAACACCUCUACAACCGCCACCAAAUCCAAUCGCCGGCACUAGAAAGGUUAGAUUCUCUUUGUUGUACUCUUCAUGGUAGAAUUGAUGAUUGUUAUUUCAAGAUAAACUUGGUUUGUUGUUUGAUUUUGAGAACAAUGCAGAGAAAGAUUGAGAUGAGGAAAGGAUGAUUUUGCAUUCUUAUUACGUCCUCAUCUUUGACAUAUGCACUAUUAAUUAUUAUUUUUAUUUUAUUUUUAAAACCAAGGCUGCCACGUGUCAUGCUUAUAUUGGUGUAAGUUAAAAUUGACAAUUCAAUACAAAGUUUGGUUUGUUACAGACUGAAAAUGCAACUGCUACGUUACGUAUACGUAACUUUCUAUCUUUACUGUUAUUUUUUUAUUUUAUACUAACUUUAAUGUCAUUAUUUUAUUUUUUAAGUAAUGUUUUGUUUAUUUGAUUUAUUAUUUGAUUUAUAUGCUUAAUUUAGUUUAUAGAAUCAUUAUUUAAAAAUAAAAAUCUAAAAAAGAUGUAUUUUAUUUAAUUAGUUUAAUAAUAUAAAAACACAAAAGUAUUUUAUUAGUUUAGAUUAGAUUUAUUAAAUUUUGUUCCUCAUAUAAAAAUACAAAAAAUAUUUAAUUUUAUUUUAGAAUUUAAUUGUCACAUAUACUCUUUCUACCAUUGUCUUGUUUUUGCGAGGUACUACCAUCGUGAGCAUCGAACUGUUUUGUACAUUCAUAGCUUGCGCACGCAUGCAUGGAUUAAUCAAGAUUCUCCGACUGCCAACCAUAUCAGAUCAAAUUCAAAGCUAAGUGUCUAGCUAUUUAUUUUAUUUUAUUUUAUCCGUUUAUUUUGAUUAGGGUUAGUCAUGUUUGCAUUUGAACCGAUAAUGCACUCACCCUACUAUUGUUUCUUAUUUUUCCCGCCUUUCAGGGUUUGCCAAAUGCCAAAGCUUCGUAUAGUCGGUAACCCUAAAACCCUUGAUCUAAAUUAUUACUUGUGUUAGACCUAUAAUAUUCUCAUCCCGCUGGUUUCAGUUCCCCUUUCCUCCGCUGGCUUCAAUUUCCCUUUCCCGUUAUUACUGUUUAUAUUAUACUGCGUGGUUAGUAAUCUUAGGGAGUGCAAGCCUUGAACUGAAUUAGCAUCACUAAUUAUAAGAUUAAAUUUCUGAACUAAUCACGUGAUUGGUGCACACACGCACACUUUUGGGGUAACCUCUCUGUUGCCUUGUUGCCUGUUGCCUGUUCCUGUUGCCUUGUUGCCUUGUAUUUUUUGCAGAAUAGCCAGUCCCUCGAAUACGAGGAUACCUCAGCCAUGUUGCCUCGAUUAAAGGUCAUGGUCCCUAAUGAUGCUGCCUUCGAUACACUAACAUGACCUCGACCCUCGAAAGUUGCCUACGGAAAAGGCUGAGGUAUCUUCUGGUUGCCUAUGAAAGGCUAUUCUGAAUCCUUCUCCUUAGACUACCUGCCUCUCUAUGGCAUGGGUCAGUCUUAGGGCGAAUGAUAACGCGAUGACCCUCCAAUCUCCAAACGAAAGGCUUCCUGCCCUCUUAUGGCAAGGAUAGACCCUUUCAUUCUGAAAGGCUAAAAAGAGACCUAUCAUCUAAGUUUAAGGUAAUUGCCCCUAAUUGCCUUGCAAUGCUCAAACUUUCAUUAUAUUCUUUCUCAUAAUUUUUCAAAAGGGCUACGCUCAUUUACGAGCUAAAGUCCCUAUCUUUUUCAUCUACAUUUUCUAAACAAACGAGCAAGCAAAGCAAUUAAGAGCCCAUGGAAAACCAUGGAUGCAAAGGGUGCCUUACACCUUCCCUUUGCAUAAAUUACCCCCCGAACUUGGAUUUCUUAAAAGGUUUUUUUCUGUUUCUUUUUGCCUUUCCGAAUAUUGUUUGGAUAAAAUAAAAGUCGGUGGCGACUCUUGCUUACCGCGACAUUUCGAUCGAUAAAAGUCAGUUCGCCGUAUUACACAAGAACAGUUUCUGCAAAUGCAGAAGGAACUCAAGACUCUCCGAGGACAAGAUCUAUUUGGAAAGAAUGCUGCAGACCUCUGUCUGGUUCCAAAUGUUAAGAUUCCUCACAAAUUCAAAGUACCAGAUUUCGAGAAGUACAAAGGGAAUUCAUGCCCACAAAGUCAUCUUGUGAUGUACGCUCGAAGAAUGUCAACUCAGACUGAUAAUCAACAAUUGCUCAUUCAUUAUUUUCAAGACAGUCUGACUGGUGCUGCACUCAAAUGGUACAUGAACUUGGACAGUUCAGAGAUUCGUACUUUUCGAGACCUCGGAGAGGCCUUCGUCAAACAGUAUAAGUACAAUCUGGAUAUGGCUCCCGACAGAGAUCAACUCCGGGCCAUGACUCAAAAGGAUAGAGAAAGCUUCAAGGAAUACGCUCAGAGAUGGCGUGAAGUUGCUGCUCAAAUUUGUCCACCACUUGAAGAGAAAGAAAUGACAAAAAUCUAUCUCAAAACUUUGAGUCCAUUUUACUACGGACGAAUGGUUGCAAGUGCACCAAGUGACUUUACCGAGAUGGUAAACAUGGGUGUACGUUUAGAAGAAGUAGUUCGAGAAGGACGCUUGAACAAAGAACCAGAAUCUUCUAUUGGUCCAAGGAAGUAUGGAAGUUCUUUCCAGAAUAAAAAGGAUCAAGAUGUCAGCAAUGUCUUGCACAAAAUCAAGAAGAAAUUCCGACCUCAAGUUGCAGCAAUAACUCCGGUUGUUAACUCAGCGCCAGCUUAUCAACCUCAGGUCCCGUAACAACAAAUUCAGCAAAGGUCGCAGCAACCUCAGCAGCAGGUUCGACCUCCAAAUUACAACAAUCGGGCUCCAAGGUAUCCUGCCUUUGACCCCAUAUCAAUGCCGUAUGCAGAAUUGUUUCCAACAUUACUGGCAAAAGGACUCAUUCAGACAAGAAGUCCUCCAAAUCCUACAAACAGUUCCUCACCAUGGUAUAAGGCUGAUCAAUCUUGUCCCUAUCAUCAGGGGGCACCAGGUCACAAUAUUGAGAACUGUUUCUCUUUCAAGGUUGACGUCCAACGAUUAGUGAAGAGCGGAAUGCUAUCCUUCAAAGAUACUAAUCCAAACGUCCAAGCAAAUCCUUUGCCGCAGCAUAAAGAAGCUUCAGUAAAUCUGAUAGAUCAACACCCUAACGUCAUUCAAAUCUACGACAUUCGUCAGAUAGGGGAAAAUCUUGUCAAGAUGCACGCUAAACAAGCUGGGUACGAUCAUGUACCACCUCACAACUACUUCACAUGUGAAAUUUGUCCAAAGAAUAAUCAAGGAUGUGCCGUAGUUCAAGCUGCAUUACAAGAACAAAUGGACUUAGGAUGGAUUCAACAUAUCCGAGUCAGAACUGAACAUGACAUCAACAUGGUUCAAGGAUGUCCAGGAGAAUACAAAAUCUACAAAGUUGAAGAUCUCGAAGGAUCGGUAGUCAGGUUCCAUAAAACUUUAAAUGGACUUGCCUACUUUGGAACGGAUUUCCACGCUUACAGUAGAUGUGAAAUAUGUCGAAGAAAUUCACGAGGAUGUUUGCGAGUUCGCAACGACAUUCAAAAGCUGAUGGAUGACAAUACCAUUACUGUUCUUGCCAAUAAAGAAGAUGAUGAAGUCUUUACCGUAUCUCCUCAAAUUAAUCAAGUUGAACCAAUGCAAGUUAAGUAUGAUAGCAGGAAGACAGCAAUUGCUCCACUAGUCAUCUACUUACCAGGUCCUGUACCGUAUGAGUCUGACAAGGCUAUACCAUACAAGUACAACGCUACAUUCAUUGAAAAUGGUAAGGAAACACCAUUACUGUCUGUUGUCAACAUUGCUGAUGUUAGUCGAGUCACCAGAAGUGGACGAGUCUUCAACAGAACAACAGAAAAUGUGGAGAAACCUUCGGAGGAAGUACCACAUAGGCAAGACAAUCAUCCGACCAAUGCUGUUCAAGCAAAAGAAAAUGAUGAGAUCUUGAAGUUAAUCCAGAGGAGUGAAUACAACAUUGUAGAUCAAUUACUACAUACUCCGUCUAGGAUUUCUGUUCUUUCCCUGCUAUUGAGUUCUGAAGCUCAUAGGGAAGCUCUACAGAAAGUUUUGGAACAAGCUUUCGUAGAACCAAGUGUUACUAUAAGCCAAUUCAACAAUAUCGUUGCCAACAUCUCCGCCGGAACUAACCUAAGUUUCUGUGACGAAGAUCUUCCUGAAGAAGGAGUGGACCACAAUCUUCCACUUCACAUCUCAGUUGGCUGCAUGGGUGAUGUACUCACAGGAGUCCUAAUAGACAAUGGAUCCUCUCUCAACGUCAUGCCGAAAUCAACAUUAUCAAGAUUAUCUUUCGAAGAUUACCCAUUGAGAAAAAGUCAUGUCAUCGUCAAAGCAUUUGAUGGAUCAAGAAAGUCAGUUUUCGGAGAAGUGGAUCUUCCCAUAACUAUUGGACCUCAGACGUUCAAAAUCACUUUCCAAGUUAUGGACAUUCCAGCACAAUACAGUUGUUUGCUAGGUCGCCCAUGGAUUCAUGAGGCUGGGGCAAUUACUUCAACACUUCAUCAGAAACUGAAGUUCAUAAGAAAUGACAAAUUGGUGACCGUAUGUGGAGAACGAGCUCUGAUCGUCAGCAACCUGUCAUCAUUCUCUGACAUAGAACCAAAAGAAGUUGUUGGAACUAAAUUCCAAGCACUUUCCUUGGACAAAGGAAAGGAGAAAGCAGCGUCUAUCUCUUCAUACAAAGAUGCAAUCCAAGUUAUAAAGGAUGGCACAACCAGUGGUUGGGGGCACAUUAAUAUUCCUACCAACAACAAGAACAGAACAGGAAUUGGAUUCUUUCCGACAUCAUAAAAA